AUGGUAGGCCCCAAAAAGGUUAUCGCUGCUGUUGUACUUGGACUUAUUUCUAGUCUUAUAACGUGUGUGCAGUUAAACCUGGCUAUGUUUAAUAUGCACUUUGAUUACUACAAACGGCGUAUCGAUAUUUUGAGGCUUCUUUCGAUGUCUGAUAGACGAAUUGCGCACCAUAACCAACUGAAGCGAGCUGGAAAACAACCUCGUCCUCGAAGAUUCUGGGUCCGACCAGGGCGAGUUAGUGAUUGGUGGGAUAAUUUUGUGAACCAAAGGAUGAUAGAAGAAGAACGACGAGAAAAUUGUCGCAUGAGUCGACGUUCACUGUACAAAUUAGCUGAUCAACUUAGGCCAUACAUAGAAGGCAAGACAACCAUAAUGCGGUCGCCAGUAGAUGUUGUAAAACAAGUAGCAGUUACCCUUUACUACUUAAGUGAUGAGGGACGCCUGCAAAAAACAGCAAAUGCUUUUGGAUUAUCACGUCAAGCUGUGUCAAAAAUAAUUCGUAAAGUAUGCAAAGCUAUCACCAUUCAUCUUGGAGCUAAAUAUAUUACCCUACCUUUCACAGAAGAAGAGGUUGAGGGUCAUGUAAAAAGUUUCCACCGAUUGCAUGGUUUCCCUCAAUGUUUAGGUGCAGUUGACGGAACGCAUAUUGAAAUCAGACAGCCGGAGUAUAAUUCUACAGAUUAUAUUGACAAAAAAGGACGGCAUAGCACUGUUUUAUGGAUGUUGUUGUCAAGUGGCCAGGAAGCGACCGUGAUGCCCGAGUGUUUUCAAAUUCCAAGUUGA